AUGGAUUCUGAUUUAAGUCGUUUUAUAUUCAUUAGACCUGAAGAUGAACCAGUGUUCAAAUAUAAAUCAAGGUCAUUUCAAAGGGGGAUAUCAAAAAAUGAUUUUGAACCAUUAAGUAGUAGUUCUUCAGAACCAACAGAUAAAAGUGAAGAUGAAUCAGAAGAUUCAAGUGAAUCUGAUUCAAAUAGUCAGAAUAAUAGAUGUUGUUUUUGUGGUUCGAUUAAGGGUCUUCUUUUGUGUAUUAAAUGUAAUGAAUAUUUCUGCAAUGGACCAGUCUAUAAUUCCAGUAAUUGUCAAGUGGUUGAACACAUCAAAAUGAGUCGACAUUAUCAAUUCAAAAUUAAUGAUGAAUAUAUUAGAUGUACAUAUUGUGGUGAUGAUAAUAUAUAUAAUUUACGAUAUUCACAUUUAAGGCAUGAAUUGUUAUGUCAUUCUUGUUUUGAACAUCAAAGAGAAGAAAUGAGUCUUGAAGAAGUUAAUUCUUUUAUUAAUUCAUUAAUUGAUGAAGGAAGAAUUGAUUUAUUAAUCUUUGGCAAACAAAGUUCAAAUACAGCAAUUUCUAAAAAAACAAUUAAUGCUAUUGAUAAUAAUGCAUAUGGAGAAAUUGGUUUAUUAGUAAAAGAUAGAUAUGAUGAUUUUGAAGAUUAUUAUACUACAUAUAAACGAUUGUAUGAUAUGGAAUUAAGUUGUCAUAAUCCAAUAACAGAAAUAUGUCUUAGACGACAUGAACAACCUAAUAAAUUUUUCAUUAAUAGAAUUGAUAAAUCAAAUUAUGAACUUCAUAUUAAAACUGAUUCUAUGGAACAAAACCUUUAUAUUAACUCUUUUAUUAUUUGUUGUUUUGAAGGAAAUUAUCAUCCAUUUGAAAAGGAAGACAUUAAUAGUUUGGUUUAUAAUAAAAAAGCAAAAAGAAAAUUUGACAGCUCAGAACUUGUUCUUACUGGUAGAGUAGUUAAUUUUACUAGUAGGUUAAUUAUUAUCUCUUUACGUGAAGAAUAUUUUAAAGACAUUGAACAGGUUAAACAAGUUUUUAACGAAAAUAUUUUUAAUUCAUUUAAUAUACUUCGUUGUUAUAUUAUUGACCCCAAAACACAAAAUUUCAAUAUAAAAAAAUGUAUUAACGGAGAUUUACUGAACUUACAUGAAACUACUUUCAUUCAAAGUUUGCUUGGGAAUUUAGCUUUUCCUAAUUAUAAUCUUUUUGAAGAAAAUGACAUAAUUUUUGAAAUAACAGAAACACAAGACUUAAAUCCACAACAAAAGAAAGCUGUUCUUAACGCAUUAAAUAGUCAGAUAUCAGUUGUAUUUGGACCUCCAGGAACUGGUAAAACAACAGUAAUUAAAUCUAUGGUUGUUAAUUUUCUUCAUUUAGAAAGGGAUCAUAGAAUUUCAGAUAUGGAUGAAAAGAUUUUUGGUAUGAUACAUAAAAGUCUUAAUAAUCCAAAAGUACUUUGUGUUGCACAAAAUAACAAUGCGGUUAAUGUCCUAGCUGGUAAAUUAAGAUCUCCAGGUUUGAAAAUUUGUCGUUUCAUUUCAUUUGAAAGGUUAGAAGAAAUGCCUUUUGACCAAUGGGACUUAUGCAUUUAUGCAAGAACACUAGAAUUUGCAUUACGGGAUGAAGAAAGAUUUAGGAACUACAGAGUACGUCCUGACGAUUUUCCAUUUGAUUUGAUUAAUCUACUUCUUGAAUUAAAAGAAGCUACAAGAAAUAGAAUAGUGAUAAAAUACUCUCGUAAAAAGAUGGGUAAUAUUCAUAAUGUUAUUAAAAGAGAAUUUAAAAAUAUUAUUGAAGAUUAUAAUGUUAUUGUUGCUACUGUAAAAAGUUGUCUUAAAGAUACAUUUAAUGAUAUUAAUUUUCUUUGCACUUUUAUAGAUGAAGCUACUCAAUGCACUGAAUAUGAUUGUCUGUUUCCAGCACUUCGUUCUCCACGAUUGGUUCUUCUAGGAGACAUUCAACAAUUAAAACCAGUAAUUCUUUCAGACGAAGCAAAAAAAGCAGGGUUUGAUAUUACAAUGUUUGAACGAUUAUUACAUUGUAGAGUUAGACAUACAUUACUAAAUGAACAAUAUCGUAUGCAUCCUAGGAUUUCUAUUCUUCCAAACACAUUAUUUUAUAAUGAAAAGAUUAAUGAUGGUACAAUUUUUGAAAGAAGUAAUGUCUCAAUCUUCCCAAAUAAGAAAGUACCAAUUGUAUUUAUUUGUCAUACUGGUAAAGAAAGAUAUUGUAAUGAUGGAAGUUUAUUUAAUGAUACAGAAGCUGAAAUUUGUAAAGAAGUAUAUUUAUUUUUACGUCAAGAAGAACAAAUAAAAACAAAAGACAUUGAGUUUUUAACACCAUAUAAUUCCCAAAAAGUUUAUGCUAAAAAUUAUUGUCAGAUAGAACGUGCAUCAAGUAUAGAUUCAUUCCAAGGAAAUGAAACUGAUUAUGUUAUUUUUUCUCCAGUUAGGUCAAAUUAUAUUAAAGGAGCAAGAUUUAUUGGAGAUUUUCAUAGAGUAAAUGUUGCAAUUACUAGAGCAAAAAAAGGAUUGAUUAUUGUUGGAAAUGAUAAUACAUUAAAAAAUGAAACGGUAUGGCGAUUAAUGUUUAACUUCUUAGCUAGAAAUGGUUGUUUUAUGAAGUAUGUUAAUACUACAGAAAACCAUUUUAUUCCUAUUAAUUAUCCUAUUAUUCCAAAUGACAAUUAUAAAGUUUCUCCUUACUCUACUGAUUAUUUAAAUGAUAAUUAA